GUUCGUACCACGAACGACUCGACUGAUCAGUUCAUCGAUGCGGCCAACCCGACGCAGUUGUGCCGACUCAACAGCCUAUUAACAUUAGCGAGCCUUACAGAUUAAAAAGUUACAUUUCGGGCAAUAUUCGACCGGUUGCCCUUUUUCACUCGCGAAAUGAUAGCCGGAUAAAUACGAAGAGUUAAUCGAGGUGGAGUGUGUUGUGAUCGCGGUUUUGGUUUUUUAAAAAUCUGAUUCGGUUUCGGUUUCACCCCCUCGCCCAGUUUUUCUUUAAUCGAGUGUUUCGCUAAUGACAUAAUCCAUCUAACGAGUAGUGUAGUUUUUAAGAUAACCCCAUUUUUUUAAAACCUUAGAUUUAUUAGUCGUAUUAACACGUAACAAGCGAAAAGUAUGGGAUCAGACGGAGAUAUUCUAGUUUCACACGGUCCGCCGGUCUUCAAUCACAGCCCAGCCACGUAUUACAAUUCGUAUGGAAAUUGUCGUUUUCAAAACACGAGCUCCAGCAAUACCAAUUCAACAUCGUCAUCUACGUCUACGUCGACGCAAAGACAACGUCUUAAAUCACCUAGCAGAUCAAGCGGGUCUAGAUCGAAUGGAUGUUCGGAAAGGAAACCAAGACCGUGUCUGGUGGUCAGACCUGAUGACAGUUCGUCCUCGUCGUCCAGUUCUUCCGAUGAAAAUGAACCGCCAAGUCCGAACGCCAAUAGACAGAAAAAGAAAGUGGUUUUUGCCGAUGAUAGAGGAUUCUCGUUAACACAGAUUCGUUUAAUGGUCGAAACACCUUUAGACAAAUUAGUACCGAUCAAGGCGUUCGCCAACCUGAAACUCGCUUCUACAUGUACGGAAACAGCAGUCAAACCAUCGCCGAUCAACGUCUGGAAAGUCUUGUUCAACCAGCCAGCUUCAAACUACCUAGAAUUUCGUAAACGUUUAGAAGAAACGAACGUAUCGUUAGAAAAUGUUAUAGUUAAAAGCGCAGAAAACGAUUUAACCGGUACGGUUAAAGUAAAGAAUAUCAGUUUCGAGAAACGCGUCGUUAUACGAUCGACGACAGAUAAUUGGGCUUCUCAUCGAGACAUCGAGUGCUCGUUCGUCGAUAACAAUACAUCUUCGAGUGUGACCAUCAUCUACGAUACGUUUUCGUUCAAGAUACACCUAAACGACGAUAACGAUAAUAUACAAUUCUGCGUUUGCUUCAAAAGCUCAGAAGGAGAGUAUUGGGAUAAUAACGAAGGCAAAAAUUACACGCUGGUUAGGAAAGACGAACAGAACGCCGCUGAUGAAAAUAAAAGUAUCCAGAAUGUUAGAGAUAUUAUCAAUAAUGGUGCAGGUAACCAAUAUGUUCCAGUCAGAUCGAAUACAUGGCCUGCGUACUCGGCUCAAUUCAAUAAUACGAAUAUUAGCAGUUAUCAAGGAGCUGUGUAUUGGUGAUCCGAAUUAUUUUAAUUUUGGAAAAUGUUCGUACACGAAGUUACAUUCAUGGUCCAGCUCACUGCCGUUUGUUACCAAGAUUUCCUGCGUUGGUAUGAUGCCUGCUGAUGUGGCGUAUUUGGAAUGAUGUAGAAGUGGUUUCAAGAAACCGAUUUACUUACCUACGUACCUUGAUGAUUCUGUCGUAACGAGAUUGUACCUAUAUAAAGGAAUCAAGAUUGAUUAUUUUUUACAAGAUUGAUACUACCCCCCUCUUUUUUAUACUUGUUUUUAUUGUUUAUAUAAUAAUGUGUGUUUUUCGUUCUCCCUUCCCUUCCCUUCGCCGUGUUUAUUAAUUUAUUUUUCCUUUGUAAUUAGUCUCUACUUCUAUUCCUUCGGCACCGAUUUCUCUCCUUAUAAUCUUUUCCCAAGUUUUAAACGUUAGUCUAAUCGUAUAAAUUUGUUUCUUCGUUCAUUGUAAAUAUCUGUUUAUCGGUAUCAUUUUUCUAUACAGAUAGGUUUAUUGUUUUGGGUAUAGGCUUUGCAUUUGAUGGGCGUAUAAGACUGUUAAUUGAUAAUUAUCAUUAGUUAGUAAUACACCGAUGAGAUUUUCGAAAAAUCAAACAAAAUUUUCAUUUUGAUCAAAUUUACUUAUCCGUGAAAGGUUUUUGAAAAACUUCGAUAUUCGUUUUUAAUCUUUUUUUUUAGUCGUUUACGUAGUACGUUUCUUUCUUUACUUUUUUUUUUUAAUCUGUGAAUUAAUUCAUUCAUUACUUUUUUCUCUAUUCGUAUCGUUAGCUUGCCAACGGAUGUAUUAUAAUUUUGAUGUACGAAGACGUUACCUAUUUAAGCCGGUAUAGUUUUACCCUACGUGGUUUUAAAAGUCAUUAAAUGCCGGAUAUAGGUCUGCAUAUUGUGAGAUCGUUUCGAAAGGCAUUUUAUCAUUAUUAUACAUUACUAUGAAUAAAUCCGCGUAGGUAGUUUUCCAGAACAAGUGAAUACUUUAUUAGUGUGAAUGUAUCUAGAAUACGAAUCGAACUCUAGACUUAUUUUUGUAACUUUCUAGUCAUUUGUUAAUUUUAAUCAAAUAUAACGUUUCGAACAUAUACGAACGUUGUAUUUUAUAUACCUACUUAUAUGCAAUAAGGUUGUAAUUUUUUUUUGUAUUUUGUGUUCUUGUUAAUUAUUCUGUUCACUCGUUACGACGUAUACGUUUUCAGUUUUUGGUAGUAUUCACUUGUUCUACUGUUCGUGUUUUAUUGUAAAUGUUCGUUCGUUUGUGUAACGAAUAUUUUUUUUUACAGUGUAUUGUGUGAAUAUUGUAAUUGGCAAGCUGCAUAUAUAACUAUUGUUCCUAUACUUCGCGAAACGAUUUUUUUUCUUAUUUUUAUACGCGACGGGUGUCGAGCUCGAGAAUUUCGUUAUCGUAGUUUUUUAAGUAUGGAGCAUUGGCUUAGAGAAUUCUUAUACUGUUAUUUCCAUUUUGUGAAUUGUUGUAACUUAGGCUGUGAUUGAAACCGAUAAAGACCUGAAAGCCUUAUACCUGAUGGAAUAUUGAUUAUUAUACGAAGAUGUAACGAAAUAUAUAAGUUGUAUUUUUUUGCAUUAUCAGAAUUACUAUCGUAGUUAAUAACACACGAAUAAAUAAUCAUCUAUUUUUACAAA